AAUCAUCAAAAAUGUGGUCAAGACCUUCAAGUAUUUCUUCGGCCUGAGGUUUGAGGUGAAGGGACUGGAGAACUUCGAGGUAGAGGGCCCUGCUAUCAUUGUGUCCAACCACCAGAGCAUCCUCGACAUGAUGGGGCUGAUGGAGGUGCUGCCCGACAACUGUGUCCAGGUGGCCAAGAAGGAGCUGAUGUACACGGGCUCCGUGGGGCUCAUCAUGUACCUCGGCGGCGUCAUCUUCAUCAACAGGAAGAGCACCACCAGUGCCAAGAUGGUGAUGACGGAGGUGGCCAAGACUAUGGUGGCUGAAAACGUGAAGGUGUGGGUGUACCCAGAGGGCACGAGGAACUGCACCGGGGACUUCCUGCCCUUCAAGAAAGGAGCAUUUCACCUCGCUAUCCAGGCACAGGUCCCAGUGAUCCCCGUGGUGUAUUCCUCCUUCACCAGCUUCUAUAACCCAAAGAAGAAACUAUUUACAUCAGGCAAAAUCAAGGUUGAGGUUCUGCCUCCAAUAGAGACCAAAGGCCUGACAUCAGAUGAUGUCUCUGACCUCACUGACAGAUGUUUCCACACCAUGAGGGAGACCUUCUUCAUGCUGUCGGGCCGUCCAAGUCCAAGUGAGGCAAAGGACUCAUCCUAGAUGCUUCUCCAGUGGCAUCACCGUGUGGUGGUGGCUGAAGGGACCUAUCUGUUGCCAAAUCCCGAAGGAACUUCUCUUCCUCUGCAGUGACUUGUCACUCUGGGGACACCGUGGACCAGCACACACGGGUGUCCAGCCAGCGCUGAGGUCCCCGUUGAGUGGGCUUUUCUUAAGGGUUCAUUAUCUCGCAAUGAAACGUCUCCUUUCU